AUGUCGAUAAUAUCGUUUCAUCCCUCCAGAACUGUCUUGCGCUACGUCUUCUUGGCCAUACAUGGUAUAUUCAGUGUCAUCCUCCUGACUCUCGGAGGGAUAAUAUACACCACUCGUCUAUUCGUUCCUUCCGUCAUGUCAUCCAUCUUAACCUAUCUGUAUAUUCCAGCAAGUAUAUAUAUCGCACGUUGGAAUCCUUCAUUGGAAUUUUUGACGGUAGGCAAAGAAGUGGGAUACCUGUUGGUACAAGGGUUAUUGAUUCUCGUAUUAGGUAUUUUAUCAGCCUUAUCAACCAAAGAAGAAAUAUGCACUUCGAUCAAAGCCGAACCGGGAUACUUCGGAUAUUCUACUAAACCAUUUAGAUGUCAAGAGAAACUCGCUUUGGCCAUUUUAUCCUUUUUCCAUAUAAUCCUGGUACUAUGUUGGUUAGCAUUAUUGUUCAUCUCGGUUCAUCGAUAUAGGGGACAUAAGAAGGGACAAAACGAUCCAGAUGGUUUCGAAAUUCCAAUUCACAAAUUCCUCUCCUCAGAAGGAAACAGAGAAGGGGAAGAAGAUGAAGAAGAUCGACAUGAUUUGACUCCUAUCGAAUCACUUACCAAUACUACCAAAACUCCCUUCUCCCCCUUCUCCCCUGGAACAACCAAAGAACGAGAUGAAGAUGAAAUUCCACUUGAAGAUGAUCCCAGUCCGACCAAAAGUAAUAAACAUACUUCCGAACCAUGGCGAAUCUCUUCAUUACCCUUACCAGACUUGAAAUUCCAUUUUGAUAGUGUUAGAAAUUCAGGCAAAAGUAAUACUUCCACUUCCGCGGCUACAGCAGGAGGUGGAUUUGGGUUUUCAUUUUCCAAUCCUGUAGGUAGUAGUGGCAAGAAGACCAGUACGUUACUGCCUACUUUAGAAAGUGCCAGGAACUCAGUCAAGAGCUGGAAGAAGGAUGAUGAUUUAGAAUCUGUGAGAAGGGAUCAUAAGCGAAUUGAAUCUUGGAGGAUAUCACCCAUACCUCUUCCAGAUUUGAAUCUAGGAUUCGAUACCAAAUCUACUAAAACUCACAAUCCGCACGAUAAGGAUAGAUUUUCGAUCAAGAGUGGAUUGAGCGGAUUGACUUUGGAAGAUGCUCGAAAUUCCAUUCAGAGUCUUAAAAGUUCCAACGGUGCAAGGGAUUCGUUAAAGAGUCAAGUUUCGACAACGAUCAAACCUGUUGAAAAAGCUUAUCACAGAUCUGAUAAUCAACAUCAUCUGGAAGUACCUUCCCUAAGAGAGACUGGUGGAUAUAGAUCAACAUUUCAAUUCAGACCUGAAUUGGACACUCACCGAGAUUCAAUCGAAACUCUCCGAAGGGAUCCUAAAAAGGUUGAAUCAUGGAGAAUAUCUCCUAUACCUUUACCUAACAUCCGAAUGAGUUUCGAUCAUCAGAAGAAAGAAGCUAAGAUUGUGCCUCAGACGACAAUCGGUAUGAACACGGACGGGGAUGGGGAUGAAGAUGAUAUCGUUGUCAUCCCUGGAUCGUCCGCAAAUAAAGAGGGAAAUUCCACCGACAAUGGCGAUUUGGGUCUGGGAGGGCUGGGUAUAGGAGGGAUACACAAUAAACGAUUAUUAAAUGUCAGGAAUUCAGCACAGAGUGGAUUCAGCUUACAACAUGCUAGACAAUCUGUCAGAAGUCAAAUUGGAGAAGUGUUGGAUACUCAUGCUGACAAUGCGAGUGCGAACAGUAAGAGUAGACGAGUAUCAUGGGGUGAUAGUUAUUCUUCUCUGGGUUUUGGUAAAUCAACUUUCUCGGUUAAUUUUGAUGGGACUGGUGGGAAUGGAAGCAAGAGGAAUUCAGCAUUGGCUGAGGGGAAGUAG